CAAUACGCCUCGUCACAUCGUCACUCGUGAAAAUAUCCGCUUAUCAUGUCUGGACGCCAACAAAGAGUGUUGGUGCAACCCAUUAAUGUGAUCUUCAAAAACCUGCAGCAGCGAACAAAAGUUGUCAUAUGGUUGUACGACAACAUCGAGAUGCGGAUUGAAGGGCGUAUCAUUGGAUUUGACGAAUUCAUGAAUGUCGUGAUCGACGAGGCUGCAGAAGUCUAUGUCAAAGAUGCCAAACCACGACGAGAGCUUGGUCGUGUACUACUAAAAGGCGAUAACAUCACCCUCAUCCAACAGGUGGUAUGAUAUAUUGGCUCUGUUCAUGUAAAACCUUGUCUUUCUGCACACACCGGUAUAUGAUGUGCUCCUACAAUGUAUCAUAAUAAUUUUGUGCUGCAGCUGACGUACCUCAGCAAACGUUCGUGCU